UCGGUAGCCAGAAUAUUCGAACACAACCUUAUAGAUUAUAAUCACAUCUCCUUUGGCAUAAUAGUCAUUAUCUUCUUUUUACAUGCACAGUACCAUUUCGUUUUCUCUAUUCCCCAUGCAAAACAAAAUAUGCUAAACAUAGUUUAUCCUGACACUAUAGUUUAUGUCAGGGGCAGUUUUAAUUGUCCAUCUUCCUUUUGUUCUCUCCAAGUUCCAAUGGAGAUUUUCAAACUCUUCUACUUCAUUAAUCUUCUCUCAACUAUAAUGUUAACAUCAUCUUUAGCAAUUGAUCGUUACUCACAAGCACUCCUAAGUCUAAAGUCUGAGCUAAUAGAUGAUGAUAAUAGCUUGCAUGAUUGGAUGGUUCCCUCUAUAGGGAACUUAACUACAAGUUCAUAUGCAUGUUCUUGGUCAGGUAUCAAAUGUAACAAGGACUCAAUUGUAACUUCCAUAGACCUUUCGAUGAAGAAACUCGGAGGUGUACUAUCAGGUAACCAAUUCAGUUUCUUCACAAAUGUUAUUCAUCUCAACCUGAGCCAAAACUUAUUCUCUGGUCAACUUCCAACACAAAUUUUCAACCUCACAAGCUUGAAAACCUUGGAUAUAAGCAGAAACAAUUUUUCAGGUCAAUUCCCAAAAGGAGUUCACAGCUUAAAAAAUCUGGUUGUGCUUGAUGCCUUAAGCAACAGCUUUUCAGGAACAUUACCUGCUGAAUUUUCAGAGUUGAAAUAUCUUAAAGUUCUUAAUCUAGCUGGAAGUUACUUCAGAGGAUCAAUUCCUUUUGAAUUUGGUUCUUUCAGAAGCCUUGAGUUUCUUCAUCUAGCUGGAAAUUCUCUCACAGGAAAUAUACCACCAGAACUUGGUAACCUCAAAACAGUGACACACAUGGAAAUUGGUUACAAUUUUUACCAUGGUUUUAUUCCACCACAACUAGGUAAUAUGAGCCAGCUUCAGUAUCUUGACAUAGCAAGUGCAAAUCUCUCUGGUCCUAUUCCAAAGGAACUUUCUAAUCUUACAAAUUUGCAUUCAAUUUUUCUGUUCAGAAACCAGCUAACAGGUUCAAUACCAAGUGAAUUCAACAAAAUUCAACCUCUUACAGACUUAGACCUCUCUGAUAACUUCCUUUCAGGAUCCAUUCCUGAAAGCAUUUCAGAGCUGAAGAACUUGAGACUACUUAGUCUCAUGUACAAUGAUAUGAGUGGCACUGUUUCUGAUGGCAUUGCACAACUUCCAUCCCUGGAAACUCUACUCAUUUGGAACAACAGCUUCAGCGGAUCACUCCCGGAGAGCUUAGGAAAAAACUCAAAACUCGGGUGGGUUGAUGUCUCCACAAACAACUUCAAUGGAAGCAUACCACCAAACAUUUGUGGCGGUGGAGUACUGUUUAAGCUUAUACUGUUUUCAAACAAAUUCACAGGUAGUCUUUUCUCAAUCUCCAAUUGUUCUUCACUUGUUCGACUUCGCCUCGAAGAUAAUUCAUUCUCAGGAGAGAUCCCUUUAAAGUUCAAACAUUUUCCUGAAAUCACAUAUGUUGAUCUGUCAUUGAACAAUUUUGUUGGUGGAAUUCCCUCAGAUAUUUAUAAAGCUACUCAUUUGGAGUAUUUCAAUGUAUCUUAUAAUAUGCAAUUAGGAGGCAACAUCCCUUCACAAAUGUGGUCUUUGCCUAAACUUCAAAACUUUUCAGCAUCUUCUUGUGGUAUUUUAGGCACUAUUCCCUUAUUUGAGUACUGCAAAUCAAUUUCAGCAAUUGAUCUUGGUAAAAACAACUUAUCUGGAAUAAUCCCAAGAAGUGUUUACAAAUGUCAAGCCCUUGUGGCAAUCAAAUUAUCUUACAAUAAUUUGACAGGUAGAAUACCUGAAGAGCUUGCAAGUAUCCCUAUUCUUGAAACUGUAGAGUUAUCUAACAAUAAAAUCAAUGGCCUCAUACCUGAAAAAUUUGGUAGUUCAUCAAGUUUACAACUUCUCAAUGUGUCUUUCAAUAAUAUCUCAGGUUCAAUACCAAAAUCAAAGUCAUUCAUAUCAAUGGGUAGAAGUGCAUUUGUUGGAAAUUCAGAGCUAUGUGGAGCACCUCUGAGACCAUGUACUGAGUCAGUAGGAAUAUUAGGAGGCAAAAGCACUUGGAAGCUUACAUAUAUUAUGUUACUCUCUGUAGGGUUGUUAAUAAUCCUUCUAGCAUUGGCUUUUGGAAUACAUUAUUUCAAAAAGGGAUUUAAAAGUCAAUGGAAAAUGGUUUCAUUUGUUGGACUCAAUCAAUUUACAGCAAAUGAUGUAUUGACAAGCUUCAGUACUUCCACUGAACAUACACAAGUUCCAUCACCUGUUGUUACAAAAGCAUUUCUUCCUACAGGUAUAACAGUUUUAGUCAAGAAGAUUGAAUGGGAAACAAGGAGCAUUAAGUUGGUGUCAGAAUUUAUAAUGAGACUAGGAAAUGCAAGACACAAGAAUUUAAUCAGAGUUUUGGGGUUUUGCCAUAACCAGAACCUUGUUUACCUUUUGUAUGAUUACUUGCAAAAUGGGAAUUUGGCUGAGAAAAUUGGAAUGAAAUGGGAUUGGGAAGCUAAACUCAGAACAGUGGUUGGAAUUGCAAGGGGACUUUGCUUCCUUCACCAUGAUUGUUACCCAGCUAUACCACAUGGAGACUUGAAGUCCAGCAACAUUGUAUUUGAUGAAAAUAUGGAACCCUAUUUGGCUAAUUUUGGGUUUAAACAUGUGUUACAGUUGAGCAAAGGUUUGUCAUCAACCACAACUACGCAUGAAACAGAAUACAAUGAAGAAUUGAAAGAGGAACUCUGCAAUGAUAUCUACAAUUUUGGAAAGAUGAUUCUGGAAAUCUUAACUGGCGGAAGGUUCACAAGUGUAGCAGCCAGCAUUCAAAGCAAAUCACACGAGGUUCUUCUAAGAGAAGUUUGCAAUGGUAAUGAAGUGAGUUCUACCAGUUCUAUACAAGACAUUAAACUGGUUCUUGAGGUUGCUAUGCUUUGUACUAGAAGCAGAUCAUCUGAUCGCCCAUCCAUGGAUGAUGCUCUGAAGCUUUUGUCAAGGUUAAAGGAUCUGGAAGAUCACAAAAACUCUAAAUAAGGGAAAUACAAGAUUUCCAUUUGCAUUAAAGCGUUCAAAGCCAUUAGAAACGUAUAAUUUUCUUAGCUGCAAAGUUUGCACAUGUGUAAUUACAUAAGUUUGUAUCUUGUAUAAUGCAUAUCUCCACUGUUUCAGUGUGCCAUAUAAUUAUGUCUCAAGUCUUCCUCAAUCCACUUAGUAAAAUACUUGAAAUGGUAUCAAUUUAAUUGCAUAAUACAUAUGAUUCACUCUCCCUUUCUUGUA